AGCAAGGGGAGUUAAGAGAGAGAGAGUGGCUGGGAUCCGUUGAGCUUAUUCUUUUUAUAUUCAUAUGAACUGAGAGUUUUUCUGAACUGUGACUAAGUUGCUAACUUGAGGGAUCCGUUGAAGAAAUCCGAGAGAACGAGAAAUGGGUGGGACUUCAUUGGCGGGCUUGCAAGAGCACAUCAAAUUGGCGAGAGACUACGCUCUUGAAGGACUCUAUGAUACCUCCAUCAUCUUCUUCGAUGGGGCAGUUGCACAGAUCAACAAGCACCUAAGCACCGUUGAUGACCCUUUAGUUCGUACAAAAUGGAUGAAUGCUAAGAAAGCCAUUACUGAAGAAACGGAAGUUGUAAAGCAACUAGAUGCAGAGAGGAGGGCUUUUAAAGAAACCAACACUGGUAGACGGCCUCGUUCACCUCCGAUAUCUACUAAAUCAUCAUUCGUUUUUCAACCAUUAGAUGAAUAUCCAACUUCAUCAAGUGGUCCCAUGGAUGAUCCUGAUGUCUGGAGGCCACCCAGUCGAGACAAUACAACUAGAAGACCCACAAGGUCUGGUCAAGUGGGCACUCGGAAGUCACCACAAGAUGGGAGUUGGGCUCGAGGUUCUACAAGAACAGGUACCACUGGGCGUGGGGCAAAGAGUGGUGCUACAGCCAAGGUUAACUCAGGAGCUCGGGCAUCAACUACAGGAAAGAAAGGCACUGGUUCUGGAAAGUCUAGCAAGGCAGAUUCAGUUAAUGGUGAUGCUGAAGAUGGUAAAUCAAAGAAAGGACAAUAUGAAGGUCCUGAUCCAGACUUGGCUGAGAUGCUUGAAAGGGAUGUGUUGGAAACAGCUCCUGGGGUGAGAUGGGAUGAUGUUGCAGGGCUAACUGAGGCCAAAAGACUUCUAGAAGAAGCUGUUGUUCUUCCCUUGUGGAUGCCUGAAUACUUCCAGGGAAUUAGGAGACCAUGGAAAGGUGUUCUUAUGUUUGGUCCACCAGGAACCGGGAAGACACUGUUAGCUAAAGCUGUUGCUACUGAAUGCGGGACCACUUUCUUCAAUGUUUCCUCUGCUACUUUAGCUUCGAAAUGGCGUGGGGAAAGUGAACGGAUGGUGCGAUGUUUGUUUGAUCUUGCAAGAGCCUAUGCACCCAGUACGAUUUUCAUUGAUGAGAUUGAUUCUCUAUGCAAUGCUCGUGGGGCAUCUGGGGAGCAUGAAUCAUCUAGAAGAGUAAAAUCUGAACUUCUAGUUCAGGUUGAUGGUGUAAAUAAUAGCUCCACAAAUGAGGAUGGGACCCGAAAAAUAGUAAUGGUUUUGGCUGCCACUAAUUUCCCAUGGGACAUAGAUGAAGCGCUAAGGAGGAGACUGGAAAAGCGUAUAUAUAUCCCUCUUCCAAAUUUUGAGAGCCGUAAAGAGCUAAUCCGAAUCAAUUUGAAGACUGUAGAGGUGGCCCCGGAUGUAAAUAUAGAUGAAGUGGCUCGCAGAACAGAGGGCUACAGUGGGGAUGAUCUGACGAAUGUCUGUCGCGAUGCUUCGUUGAAUGGUAUGAGGCGUAAGAUAGCAGGAAAGACUCGUGACGAGAUAAAGAACAUGUCAAAAGAUGAGAUUUCGAAGGAUCCAGUUGCCAUGUGUGAUUUUGAAGAAGCUUUAGCUAAGGUGCAACGAAGUGUUUCACAGGCUGACAUUGAACGUCAUGAGAAGUGGUUUGCUGAAUUUGGAUCUGCAUAAUUAGAUUGCGUGACACCAAUUCUAUUAGUUCUUUGGCCGUGUGGUGGUUUGUCUUUAUUAAUAUGUUCAUUUGUAAUUUUCUAGUCCAAGAGAAGGUCUUCUGUUGUAUCUGUAACAACCAUUAACAUAAUCCCAUAUGCUUUAAAUCGUUACUUCUCUUCUUA